UAUUAGUUAGUUAAUUGUGAUUGAUUGCUGACCCAAUUAAAUAGUAAUUAAAUAUUAAUAAUGAUUAAAUUACAAUUAAAGUAGUGUUAUGAUCGUUGAAUUUAAUUUAGUGCAUCAUGGGACCUAAAAAGAAAACAAAUCUAUUUUAUGGUAAAGCUAAAUCUUAUUUAGUUUGUAAUUUUCCAAUACCAGCUCAUUUAAAUAUGGGCUGUAGAAAUGGACAUGUACUGCAUAUAUUGGCAACUAACAAUGAUUCAUACCAAGUAACUGUAGAACUAAUCAGUAAGUAUUUUAACAUCAACAUUUCUCCCAAUCAGAUUCUGCAACUAGUUAGAAAAUCAAAAGUCUUUGUAAAAGCUUUAUCAUGAAAUUCAAAACAAUUUAUUGACAUCUGCAACAUGCUCUUUGAAUACCAACCAACAACAUCUGCUGUGACUCAAACAUCAUAGUUAAUCACAACCUCUAAUCACAUUGCUACGUGUUCUUCAUUUUUUUCUCAGCAAAUCACUGUUUCGUCUCUAUUAAAUAGUGACUCUUCUCAAGAAUCAAUAUCCAGGUUGAAAGCUGACCAAGUUAGUCCCAGGAAAAAGAUUAUGAGAAAGAGAUUAACCAUUUUGGAAAACGAAAUCGCAGUUAAAAAGAGAAAACAUAAAGAAGAUCUUAAAGGUUUAAGAGAAAAGGCAAAGGCUAGACCAUACAGAUUAAAAUAUCUAAAUCAAGUUAUUCCUCGUAAGGAAAAGAUAAUUCAUCAACUUAGAAAAAAAUUAAAAGAAAAUUUUUUAAAUAUACAGUUAAAAAAACUUCAAAAUCAAAUUUUUUAUUCAAAACAACAGUUAACAUUCACCGAAACCAAGUUUUUUAAUCAAAAGACAAUGUUAUCCCAACAACUUGCUGACAAAAAUUCUGCAAUUCUUGUACUUCAAAAUGACAUACUGGUUUUACAGGAAAAGUUAGAAGAUAUUCAGCAAGUAACACAAAACACCAAAAAUGAAAAAUGCUACUCAGCAGAUAUCGGAACACUUAUAUAUGUCAUGCUUGUGUGCCAAGUUCCUACACAUAGUGUGCCAUCUCUGCUCCAUAAAAUUGGAGAACAUACUGGCUAUCAAUUUAGUCAAAUUCCACAUCGGACAACUGUAGAACAAAUGAUGCGUGAGCUUGGUGUUCUUUCAGACUUACAGACUGCUGAGAUAGCAUUUACAACGAAAGAUCUGACACUUGGUUUUGAUGCAACAACCCAGGAGGGUGUUCAUGUAAAUGCUGUGCACUUAACAACCGAAUCAAUAUGUAUGGUUGUAGCUAUUGAUCAACUUUCUGGAGGUACAGCAUAUGACUAUCAGAGUCAUAUUACAAAAUCUGUUGAUAAUCUUGCUAAGUUAUAUAGUGACUUCUAUAAGCUUAAAUACACUGAUGUAAGAAGCACUAUUAUCGGGAACAUAACAAAUACCAUGAGUGAUAGAGUUGCAACAAACCAUGCAACAGUCUCAAAGUUAAACCUAGUUUGGCAGAAAUCAUUAAAUGAACUUAACUGUUACCUUCACCCCUUGGAUACAAUGACAAGCUCUUGCAAGUCUUCACUUAAAGCAUUAGAGACUUCAAAAGGGAAACUUUUUGGAAGAGACUGCAUAGCAGCAAACAUUGUUGUACAGCUGAACAAACUUCGUUACAAGGAUGCUAAAGGUAUCCGUGAGUUGUGUGUUUUAGCUUUAAUUGGAAAGCUACUUUCUGGCCCUUGGAUGACAAAAUUUUAUAUUGCACCAGGUACAGGACUUGACUACAUAUCUAGCAUUCAGGUAGUAAAAGAUGUUAGGAACACUCUUAUUGAGAGCAGCAAGAAUCCCUUAUCUCUACUUAAACGAAAAACUGAUUUCUUUGGUAAUGAUAUUAAAGAUGUUGUUUUUGAUUCAAUAAUCAGCUUUUGCCCAGUAACUAAUGAAAUGAGUAAAGCAUUAGGUGACUGUCUUAAUGCUGUUAUUAGCGUCAUUGACAGGCAGUACAAGCGUCAGUUCGAAAUGAGUUCCAAUGAUCUUCUUAAAGACCAGACUAAGUCAGCUAGGCUUCACAACAUUGAUUCAGAAGAAGUUAUGGGUAUGUUUAGCGCUGCAAAGCACAAAGCUCCUAAUGCUACACUUUGUUUUCUUUCUUCGAAACUUCGUGCUUGCAAAAAUAAAACAACUGCUCUGCUUUGUAAAAAGCCAACUGAUAUUCAAAACAAGUUGAUAUUAUGGGCUAUCUCUAAUGCCAGGAAAAAUCGAUUUACAAGUAUGCAAUGUCAUAAUGAACUGAAGUUAGAACUGCUAAAACGAAUGGCAGAUAAAAUUCAGAAAAGGGAGGACAAAGACCGCAGAAAGGUAGAAAAAAUAUUAAAAAGUUGCAUGCCCGAUCAGGUAAAAGAAAUGUUUCCUGACCUAGAAAAUAACGAGGCCUCAGAUAUUGAAGAAAUUCUUAUUGGAGCUGCUAUUGGAAGAAGUAUUUGCCACAUGUGGUUCGAUAAUGCCAAUAACACCCAUGAGGUAUAUUACGGCAGAAUUGUUAGCAUUAAAAAGAAGAACAAUGAUAUAUAUAUAGUUUCUUAUUGGAAACCAAAUGAAAAUGAAGAUGAUGACGGUGUUGAGUAUGAUAUGAGCAAAUAUCAACUUUCUGCAGACAUAAUAAGCGGUGAUAUGGUGAUAACAUAACAGAAUUGUGUAAUAAUAAGGUAGUCGGGUAGUUACCGACAUCCAACAACCAGGGUUGACCUGGUUGCAACGUGCUAUGGGAAACCAAAGCUCAUUUACUUUUUGACAUAAGCAAAUUGCUUGGCUUAUGACAAUUAAUGUUUAUCAUUGAUGUUUAUCAUUAUCAAUGAUGGCAAUGCAUUUUUCUAUCAAGUAUAACAGAGUUUCGCUUGCGUGGAUUGAGAGAUGUUAAACAGUAUUGAAGGGUCUGCUAUCGAUUUUUUUGUUUGGUAAUGGGAAGUUUGUUGUGUGUCAGGAGUUAAGUGAUUUUGAAUUUUUUAACUUAAUAAAUCAUUCUUAUAUUUAGUAAUCUCUAAUGGGUUUUUUAGUUAUGGUGCUAAAUAUCUAAUGCAUUUUCAUUUAUUUUUUAUUGCAAGGUUUUAACAAUAAUGGCAAUUUGCUACUGUGGAUAUUUAUGUUAAAGACCUCAAGAUUAUAUUUAUUAAUUCAGUAAUUACAGUUAAAUGUUAAACAACAUGAUGAAAACUACAUGGUUGCUUCAGUAGAUGUUGAUCUUUUUCAUAUCAAGAUUAAACCGAUAUCAUUGGAUGUGGUUUCCUUUGCGUACUAAAGAAUCGACUCUUUCUAUCUAUGGAUGUCACAGUUUUGUUUGCUUCAAAAUCUAGGCUUUUUUCUAAGCCACAAUUCUGUUAAAAAAAUUACUGAGCAAAAAAAAAUUUUUUUGUUAAAGAAGUGU